UAUCGUGGUCUAGAGCAGUACAGACUUGUGAGCAAAUUAGGAGAUGGUGCAUUUUCAAAUGUGUUCAAGGCAAUACAUUUAAGGACAAAUCAAACAUUUGCUAUAAAAGCUGUUCGUAAAUUCGAGCUAACUCAAGCACAGAAAGCAAGUGUUCUUAAAGAGGCUCAAAUUAUGAGAUCAAUGGACCACCCCUCUAUUGUCAAAUUGUAUGAUUUUGUUGAAACCAAAGAGCAUUAUUUUUUGAUUCUGGAAAAUUGUCAGGGUGGGGAAUUGUUCCACCGAAUUGUCAGGCUAACUUACUUUAGUGAAGACCUUACGCGACACUGCAUUCAGCAGGUUGCAGAAGCCAUUCGCUACCUGCACGAAGAAAAAGGCAUUGUACACAGGCAAGCAUAUACUUAUACUAUCUUCCUAUCCAUAUAUAUCAAACCCGAGAACCUGCUAUUUGAGCCCAUUCCCUUCCUAGACCGCCCAGUUGACAUUGGCUUAUCUCAGGCAGGAGAGUACGACGAACAAAAGGAAGACGAGGGCCGAUUUGUACCCGGCUUAGGAGGUGGAGGCAUUGGCAGAGUCAAGCUUGCUGACUUUGGUCUCUCAAAAGUAAUUUGGGACCAGGAAACCAUGACACCCUGUGGAACAGUAGGAUACACUGCCCCAGAGAUAGUCAGGGACGAACGUUAUUCUAAAUCAGUAGACAUGUGGGCACUCGGGUGUGUUCUGUACACAAUGCUCUGUGGAUUCCCGCCAUUUUACGAUGAAGACACAAAGAUCUUGACAGAAAAGGUCGCUAGAGGUCAAUACACUUUUCUCAGCCCUUGGUGGGACAGCAUCUCGGCAGACGCAAAGGACCUAGUCAGCCACUUGCUCUGCAUGGAUCCCACCAGGAGAUAUACAAUUGGCCAAUUUAUGCAGCACACGUGGAUG